AUGCUGCAACUGGUGUGUGCGCUUUUGCCCCUACUCGCUGCUGGCGCUGGAGGCGACUGGCUCUGGACGGUGCAGCGAGGAGGCAGCUCAAGCGACUUCGGGAGGGCUCUUCAGGUGGACCAGGACAACAACUUGGUGGUUGCGGGCGAGACCCGCUCCUCCCUGGAUAACUACACGCUCGCUGGUUCGGACGACGCCUUCCUCAUGAAAUUUACAAGCAACGGCGCCUGGCUCUGGACAGUGCAACGAGGAGGCAGCGGACGCGACCGUGUGAGGGCUCUUCAGGUGGACCAGGACAACAACUUGGUGGUUGCAGGCACGACUGACUCCUCCCUGGAUAACUCUACGAACUCUGGUGGGACCGACGCCUUCCUCAUGAAAUUUACGAGCAACGGCACCUGGCUUUGGACAGUGCAGCGAGGAGGCAGUGACUGGGAAAAUGUGUACACUCUUCAGGUGGACCAGGACAACAACUUGGUGGUUGCGGGCGACACCGAAUCCUCCCUGGAUAACUAUACGAACUCUGGUGGGACCGACGCCUUCCUCAUGAAAUUUGCGAGCAACGGCACCUGGCUCUGGACAGUGCAGCGAGGAGGCAGUGACUGGGACAAUGUGUAUGCUUUUCAGGUGGACCAGGACAACAACUUGGUGAUUGCAGGCGCGACUGAAGGCUCCCUGGAUGGCUACACCAACGCUGGCGAUUCCGACAUCUUCCUCAUGAAAUUUACGAGCAACGGCACCUGGCUCUGGACAGUGCAACGAGGAGGCAGUGGUUACGAAGCGACGAAGGCUCUUCAGGUGGACCAGGACAACAACUUGGUGGUUGCAGGCUACACCCGCUCCUCCUUGGAGAACUACACCAACGCUGGCAGUGCCGACGCCUUCUUCAUGACAUUUACGAGCAACGGCGCCUGGCUCUGCACAGUGCAGCGAGGAGGCAGUGAUUUCGAUGACGUGAGCUCUCUUGAGGUUGACCGGGACAACAACAUGGUCGCUGCAGGCACGACCAUGUCCUCCUUGGAUAACUACACCAACGCUGGCGGGAACGACGUUUUCCUUAUGAGCUUGGAGAGCUGCUCCAUCGCUCAGACAACCACUGCAACUUCCAUGACUUCAACCAGCACAUCCUCAACCACGACAGUCUCAAGUUCCACAGCAAGCAGCGCAACGUCAACUUCUACAGUCUCAAGUGCCACAACAAGCAGUGCAACGUCAGCCUCCACAACCAGUACACCGUCGCCGCUGGCGGUUGUACUCGGCAUCCUGGGUGCCCUCCUGGUCGGCUGCUGUUGCCUUGGAGUCUGCUUCGUGCUCUGCAGAAAGAAACGCCGUGCAGCCAGGGAGCCCAAGGAGGUCGUGGUGGUUGCCGAGCCCGCUGAGCCCACUGCCCCGGAAAAUCACACGAAGGUCCUGGUGGAGGACGAGCCCGCUGAGCCUGAAAAAGAUGAAGGUUUGCGCCAGGCAGCUGUCGACCCAGCCGCGCAGUUGUGCAAGGACAUGGAAGCAGAAUCUAUGGAACGUGUCGAGAUCUGA